AUGGGUCUUCUUGCAUUAGGAACACCACUGGAGUGGCCGGAAGCCAAAAAGAAUGCACAAAUAGUUAGAGAAUGGGGCAUACAUCAACUACUAGCGAUAUGGAAUCGGGCGAAAGGAAAAGAACGAGAUGCCCUGCUAUGGGGUGACGAGGUUGAAUAUUUGGUCGUGAACUAUAAGGACGGUGAUGAGAAAGUUACCUUGUCUUUGAGACAGGCAGAUAUCUUGACCGCGUUAGCGCAAGACGAGGAGUUGUGUACGAAUGGAGGAUGUGUACCAGCAUUGCAAGAUGUCACCAAUAUCAAAGGUAGCGCAUUGCCUGUUUUCCAUCCCGAAUUUGGAAGAUUCAUGCUAGAAGCUACACCUGGGAGACCUUGGGGGAUCGGGUUCAAGGAUUUAUUGGAUGUCGAACCGAACAUGAAGUGGAGGCGGAAACUUGCCAAAGAGCAUAUGAAUGCCGAAGAGUAUCCGAUCACCUUGACAACUUAUCCUCGCUUGGGAUCACCUGGAGUAUUUACAUCCCCUUUUUUUCCACCUUGUGGAGAAAAGUUACGGUCACAAUUCGUUCCCGAUGAGAUCGCCAAUCCACAUAUUCGAUUUCCCACCCUGGCAGCCAACAUUCGAGCAAGAAGAGGCCGGAAGGUUCAGGUAAAUGUACCAGUUUUUAGAGAUGAAAACACCGCUUGGCCUUGGAAAGACCCUACUGUUAAUUACGACUUGCACAAUUGGCCAGAGGACGAUGAUGUUCGGAACGGAGCUGCUCCUGACAACUUUAUUCAUAUGGACGCAAUGGCCUUCGGCAUGGGCAGCUGUUGUUUGCAAAUUACCUUUCAAGCCAAGAAUAUCACGGAAGGGCGACGAAUGUAUGAUCAAUUAAGUCCUCUAGCUCCGAUUCUGCUCGCUUUAACAGCAGCGACUCCAAUCUACAAAGGAUUUUUAGCCGACACGGACGCACGAUGGAAUCAAAUCAGUCGGGCGGUAGACGAUCGAACUCCAGAAGAGUUAGGAGAGACGCCCCUGAAACAUGAUCGAUGGCGCAUACCCAAGUCACGUUAUGCCUCCAAUUCUACAUACAUUUCCGAAGAUCCGCGAUUACGCAAAGAGUACUUGGAUCCCAACCUUGUGACUGAUCCCGAUGUCAAACAACAGCUUAUGAAUGGAGGUAUGGAUGAUAGGCUGGCUACUCACUUUGCACAUCUAUUUAUUCGGGAUCCAAUUGUCAUAUUUGCCGAGGAUUUGGAAGAACUUGACCUCUCGAAGACGGAUCACUUUGAGAACCUUCAGUCUACCAAUUGGCAACAUAUGCGUUUCAAGCCGCCACCAACAGGAAACGAUAUUGGCUGGAGAGUAGAAUUCAGACCAAUGGAGAUCCAAAUCACUGAUUUUGAAAAUGCUGCCUUCUCAGUCUUCAUUGUACUCAUUACACGAGCCAUUCUCUCCUUCGACCUCAAUUUUUACAUACCUAUCACUAAAGUAAGUGAAAACAUGGAAACGGCACAUGCACGAGAUGCAGUUCUGGAACAGAGAUUUUAUUUCCGAAAGAAUCCAUUCCCAACUCGUGCGCCGCGACCAUAUUCCUCUAACGGUGGAGCAUCUGGUAGAGUAUCUGGUACCAACACUCCGCAUAGUAUUUCCAGGCCGCCGACACCAUCUGCAUCUGGUCCUGUAGAAGAUGAGUAUGCGCUUAUGUCCAUCGACGAAAUUAUGAACGGCAGCAAGGGUGAUUCGGAGAAUAAUUUCCCAGGCUUAAUACCGUUGGUAGAAUCAUAUCUCGAUAGCGUCAAUAUUGAUGUCCAGACCAGAUGUGAGCUGGCGUCCUAUUUGGAUUUGAUCAAAAAAAGGGCGGACGGAAGAUUGUGGACAGCAGCGAAAUGGAUUAGGAGUUUUGUUGCCGGUCAUGAGGAUUACAAGAAGGAUAGUGUAGUGAACGAAAAGAUUAAUCAUGACUUGAUCAAGGCAGUCAUUGACUUAGGAGAAGAAUGUACAAAGGGGAUCAAGGGUGCGGAGAAAUUCUUGGGUCGGGAGAGAUGUGGGGGUUGUUGA